AAAUAUUGUUGGUUAGAAUAUAUCAUAUCGAAUUAUAGUAUUGAAUAUGUAGAAGCGAUAUAGAAUUCUUAAAAAACCAUUAAUUUCCAGAAUUAUAAUGAGGCAAUCAUAUCUUUGUGUAAACUAUAGGGGACUGGUUCUCUGAACGUUUUUAUCCGGUUAAAUACUAAGUUUUGAACCUCUUCUUAGUAAAUAAAGUAUGGAGCUCUUUGCCAAACAUGCUAGGCUAUGUGAUAGUUUAAUAUUAUAGAGAAACAAAUACAUUUGAAAAAAAAACAAAUUAUUUUUUGUGUGUAAGUUUCUUUUUCUUUGUCUCUAAUAAAUAACACGAAAUUAGAAAAGAAGAGGGGGGCGUAGUUGAGAGGCGUGAGAUAAGGAGAAACAGUUAAGGACCCGGUCUCUGAACACAUGGAAAAUUUUCCUUUCCCAUUUUUUUUAAUAAGGGUGAAUAAUUUUGUUACUUUAAUAGAAAGGAAAAAGAAUAGUCAACAACAAAGAAAGUCAGCGAACACGAGAGACGGGUGAAUUUUCCUUCCCAAGUUAGUUAGGUCAAAUAACUUGUAGGCCGUAAAAAGCGAUGCAUCUCAUACAUAAAUUAAUGGCGUUGAUGGAAUGCAUACAGAAAAAGUCUCGCAACUCGUUAGGGGAUUUGUAACUUUGUUUGGGAGGUGGGAAGAAAAGUCAUCCAUGGUUAAUCUCUAGCCCUCGACAAGGCAUUUUGAUCUUGUCAUUCCCUUUGCAAUCGUCACCUCUAUCGACAAAACACACAUAUCGUCGGCGGUCUCAAACCACCAAACAAUUUAGAAACUGUUUGAUUUGAUCCCAACUCUCUCUCUCGCUCCCUCUCGUUUUCUUACUGGCAAGAGGAAAUAGUCGAGAAAAAGGCAUUGGCUUGCUAGUUACAGUAACUUAACAUCUGUAAAUGUGCGUGAAUAAAAAGUCACAGAUAGAGGGCUGCUACAUAUUGGUCAGUUGUAAUACGUAGGUGCUUCAGGCAUGGAAGAUUCGUCGGCAUCUCCAGCGUCAACGGCAAGGUUAAAGAGCUCGUGCUCGUCGUCGUUCCGGUUGAGGUCACCAAGCCUUAACUCCCUCCGUCUCCGCCGCAUAUUUGACAUCUUUGACAAAAAUGGGGAUGGGAUGAUAACAGUGCAUGACCUGAGCCAAGCAUUGACCCUAUUGGGCCUCGAUGCUGACUUCUCGGAGUUGGACUCCACGAUCCAGGCCCACAUCAAGUCGGGGAACGAUGGCCUUGAGUUUGAGGACUUUGUCGCCCUCCACCAAUCAUUAGAUGAUGCCCUCUUCGGCGGCGGCGGGCAGCAACAGGACCAAGACCAGGACCAGUGCGCUGACGAGAUAUCACAAGAGGAGUCAGACCUCUCCGAGGCCUUCAAGGUGUUCGAUGAAGAUGGCGAUGGCUACAUCUCGGCCCACGAGCUGCAGGUGGUGUUGCGAAAGCUGGGCUUGCCGGAGGCAACCGAGAUUGAUAGGAUCGAGCAGAUGAUUGUCUCUGUGGAUCGCAACCAGGACGGUCGGGUCGACUUCUUCGAAUUUAAAGACAUGAUGCGUUCCGUCAUCGUCCCUAAUUCUUAAAUCUCCAUUCAUCCAUGAUAAAAAUUCAGUCAUUCUUUCUUUCCUUAUAUCGCAUGUAUGCGUGUACCUCCCUGUUUUUAAUUUCAUCACUUGAUCGAUCAUUAAUUCAUCAUCGAUCUUUUUAAUCAAUCAAUACCCAUGACCACUUUCUCUAAUUGAUUCCAAAAUCACCAUUUUUCUGCUCCUCAAUUAAUUAUACUCAUCAUUACUUAAUUAUAUUUUAAUUGUUUAAUCGGUGUCCGUCGGAUAGUGUUUUCAAAAAAAAUUAAAUCAUUUUUCCCGCCAUCCAUAAUUGAUUUUUCCAGCUGGCUAGACAAUAUGCAUCUUGUGUCUCCCUCCACUCUCUUUUCUUGCAUAUAUGGUCAACUUCUACUUACUCCGAUGUAUAUUGGAAACUACAACUAUAAUUAAAUUUGUGCUUCCAACUGUCUCUUUUUUUCGCUCUCUCUUGUGUCUGGUGCUGAUUGACACCUUUAUUAAUACUAUAUUGUUGUUUUAUUGUUUAUUUGUAACAACGUGUAAUAUGAAUGGUAUCAAUGAACUUGAGGAUUCCUU